GAAGACGUCACCUCACAGCAGCUUGUGAGGACGCCCCAACAUGGCGUCAUGACAGUUCUGUGAGGCAAAGCCCGUGACAGCAACCGUGAGGCAGAAUGGAGAGUAUGGAGACCCUGACCGAGCUGGGUGACGAGCUCACCCUGGGGGAUAUUGACGAAAUGCUUCAGUUUGUCAGCAACCAAGCCGGGGAGUUUCCAGACCUUUUUGAUGAUCAGCUGUGCCAGAGCUACCAUGGGAGCACCACAGGCAUGGAUGUUACCUUGUCCAAAAGUUACAGCCAGGUGCAGCCUCAGACUUACCAGACCCCCACCCAGCAGCCUCCGGCAGCACCAGUCAAAGCCCCAACCCAAGCCACGGCCCAGAGGACUGCACCGCUCCUUCAGCCCAGGCCCCUGCUACAGUCACCCCCUCAGCCACAGCUACAGCAGCAAACAGUGAUGCUCACCCCCACGUUUAGCACUGCACCUCAAACCAGGUUCAUACAGCAGCCACUCAUUUACCAGAACGCAGGGACUACCAGUUUCCAAGUGCUGCAGCCUCAGUUACAGAGCUUGAUGACCACUCAGCAGAUGCAGCCCGUCACAAUUCAGCAGCAGGUACAGACGGUCCAGGCCCAGAGAGUGCUGACACCCAAUGGUACCAUCCAGACACUGACCCCAGCCACGCAAAGCACUAUCCAGACGCUGACACCGGCCACUAUGCAGACCAUGACCCCUCAGGUUCAACAAGUUCCCGUGCUGGUGCAGCCUCAGAUAAUAAAGACAGAAUCCUUGGUCCUCACUGCACUAAAGGCAGAUGGCAGCCCUGUGAUGACUGCAGUGCAGAAUCCUGCGAUUACCACACUGACUACACCGCUACAGACCACAGCCCUGCAGAUGCCGACCCUGAUGGGUGGCAGUGGGACCAUUCUCACUACCAUGCCAGUGAUGAUGGGGCAGGAAAAGAUGCCCAUCAAGCAGGUUCCAGGUACCUUGAAGCAGUUGGAAGUACCAAAGGAAGGUGAGAGGAGAACAACCCACAACAUCAUUGAGAAGAGGUAUCGCUCUUCCAUUAACGACAAAAUCCUUGAGCUAAAAGACUUGGUGAUGGGCACUGAUGCCAAGAUGCACAAGUCUGGGGUCCUGAAGAAGGCCAUUGAUUACAUUAAGUACCUGCAGCAACUCAACCAGAAACUGCGCCAAGAAAACAUGGCGCUGAAAUUGGCCAAUCAGAAAAACAAAUACCUGAAAGGUAUCGACCUAAGCAGCCUGGUGGACAGCAACAUAGAAAUGAAGAUGGAUGAAUUCAACCAAAACAUUCUGUUGAUGUCACCACCGGCAUCUGAUUCUGGGUCUCCAGCUGUCUUCUCACCAUAUUCAGUAGACUCUGAGCCAGGUAGCCCCCUGCUGGAUGAUAAGGUUAAGGAUGAGCCUGACUCCCCCUCUGGGCUGGGCAUGAUGGAUCGCUCGCGCAUGUUACUCUGCACCAUGACCUUCCUCUGCUUGUCCUUUAAUCCGCUGACGUCCCUGCUGCACUCAGAAGGUGGCCAACCAUCAAACAGAGCUGUACAUGGUACUGGGAGAACCAUGCUGGGCAUCGAGAUGUCAGGCCUCUCUAACAGUUGGCUUGAUUGGCUCGUCCCCACGUUACUCCUUUGGCUUCUAAAUGGUGUGAUCGUUCUCAGCGUGUUCAUGAAACUGCUGAUCCAUGGAGAGCCCGUCACACGCAUGCAUUCCCGCUCCUCAGUCAAGUUCUGGAGACACCGCAAACAAGCAGACCUGGAUCUCACACGGGGCGAUUUUGGGGCGGCUACAGCGAACCUGCAGACAUGUUUGUGUGUGUUGGGCCGCUCGCUUCCUUCCUCCCGUUUGGACCUGCUGUGCAGUCUGUCCUGGAACAUCAUUCGUUGCAGCCUUCAGAAGAUCAGUUUGGUGCGUUGGUUGUUGAAGCGAACCCCAGGGCACUGCAAGAAAGCAGAGUUUCAGGACGAGGCCACAACCAGCGCCAGAGAUGCUGCUCUUGUCUACCACAAACUUCAUCAGCUGUACCUGACAGGUAAACUGCCUUCCGGCUGGCACUGCUCCGGCCUCAAUCUCGCUCUGUGUGCCGUGAACCUGGCAGAGUGCGCAGGAGACAAGAUCCCGGCAAGUUUGCUAGCAGAAAUUCACCUGACCACAGCCCUGCAGAUGAAAACCAGCUUUCCCUGGAGAUUCCGCUUCCUCUCUGCAUAUUUUCUGGGUUGUGCACAGAGUAGCUGCUCUUCCUCAGAGGAGUCGCUCCCUGACUCUCGGCGCUGGCUAUCUCACCCACUCGGGAAGCAAUUCUUUAUAGCGUGCACAUGGACAAGCAAAAGUGCUGCACGAGAUUCACUGUACAGCUCUCCUAGAAACCCAGUGGAUCCCGUCGCCCAGAUUCAUCGCACUUUCUGUGAGUCCUUCCUGCAGAAAGCAUUAUAUUUACUGGUGAAACCUGAGGCUAAGUUGUCUGCUGAUGAGGAGAGCUGCGAGUUCUACACUGCCCGCGAGUACCUGAAACUCCUUAGUGGCUUCUCAGACUCUGUGGGGAAUGUCGCCUGUCUCCCUCUCAGUGCAUCCUCUUCUGGGUUGUCCUCUGCAGGCCCAGAUCCCAUUUGCCGAUGGUGGGGCUCUGUAUCCUAUAUGGUCAUUGGUUGGUUGCAAGGUGAUGAUGCUGCAGUAAAAUGUCACUUUGUGGAUGUUGAAAGGAUUCCUAAGCUCCUGGACUCUGAUAACCCAUUGGUAAAAAGUGUGAACCACAUAUGCCGAGCCAUGCAGGCGUCCUUGUCAGGAAAGUCAGAUGGACCACAGAUUUCAUUCAGUCACUGUGAGAAGGCCAGCGCUUUCCUGUGGAAUAGUCUGAACAUGAGCAGUGGCAGCAACAGUGAACUCAACAAGGUGGUGCAGCUUCUGGUCUGUGAUCUGCUGCUCUCUAUACGCACUUCCUUAUGGCAGAAGCAAGCUGGAGCUAGUCCUGCAUCUGGGGAAGUCAUUCCAGCUUCCACUUCUGUGCUGACCGGGUUCCAGCGAGAUCUCAGCAGCCUGCGCAGACUUGCACUGACCUUUAAACCUGCUCACUGCAAGCUGUUCUUACAUGAAGCCACUGUACGUCUCAUGGCUGGGGCGAGCCCAACACGCACACACCAACUACUGCAGCACAGUCUGCGGAGACGCACAACCACCAGCAAACAAGGUGAAGUAGACUCAUUACCCGGCCAGAGGGAGAGAGCGGCAGCGAUUCUCUUGGCUUGUCGCCAUUUGCCAUUAUCCUUUUUGUCCUCUCCAGGGCAGAGGGCUGUCAUGUUGGCAGAGGCAGCUCGGACUCUAGAGAAAGUUGGUGACCGCCGCUCCUACCAUGACUGCCAACAGAUGAUGGUGAAGCUAAGUGGGGGCACCGCCAUGGCAGCUUCGUGAAUAAGACUUAAGUUCAUUAUCAGACCAAGAACUUCAUGUCAGCUUACCCCAGGUGGGGCCUAGCAAUCGCCAGAUAAGACAAUGAAGCAAGCCCGGGUACAGCGCCGUGUGCUGGCAGCGCCCACUCUUCAGACCUUUUUAUACCCUGUAUUUUGUUUGCUUCCUUCACACUCAGGGUCCAUGACGUUUAUGGCUAAACUGCUCAUGGCACGUAAGGGGCUUUGUAAACCUACACCUUAAACAAGAAAAUGCAGACCAUCUUAUUCUUACCUACUUAGUUCUUUGUAUACUUUUUACCAGCACGCUGGGCAGGGCAUUCUGCUCUGCUCCUAUUGUUACUUUACAAACUUAAAGCCAAGUCACCAAAAUGACAACAAAACCUAAACAAGUCAGAGCUGAUACGCAGCAGCAUUUACUUUAUACACCGCACUGCAGGGCAAGAAUCUCCUGUUACUUAUUUAGUGCCAAUCUACCAACUGGCACACAAGAACCUCACUGGCACAUGUCUAACCCAUAGCUGUCCGAUCACUUAUUCCUGUCAUCCUGUAGCACUUAUCUUGCUUAAAGGGACAUAAAACCCAAUUAUAUUCCUUCAUGAUUCAGAUAGAGCAGCAAUUUUAAAAAAAACUUUUCAAUUUACUUCUAUCUUCUAAUUUGUUUUGUUCUCUUGGUAUCCUUUGUUUAAAAUCAUACCUAGGUAUGCUCAGCAGCUGCUCAUUGGUGGCUGCACAUAUAUGCCUCGUUAUUGGCUCACCCAUGUGCAUUGCUGUUUCUUCAAUAAAGGAUAACAAGAGAAUAAAGCAAAUUAGGUAAUUUAAGUAAAUUAGGAAGUUGUUUACAUUUGUAUUCUCUAUCUGAAUCAUAAAAGAACAAAUGUAGGUUUAAUGUCCCUUUAAAGGGUUAUUACAUUUAAAUUUCCAUUGUGCAUUUAAACACACACUUUUUUUUAUACAAUAAAAAUAUUUUCCUGAAAAAGGUGAAGCUAAAACUUUGAAACUAAAAGGAAAUGCACAACUGCUCUGUGGGAUAGAAUCUCAUCAGCUGACAAUUGCCACAGGUAAAAUGCCCCAUGUUCAUUGAUCCUGCAAGUGGCCCCCACUGUUAGAGUUGGACACCUGUAGUCUGAUUAUACCCAACUGUAUAGUUUAGAAUGACCAAGAAAUAUAUUAAACCAAGACGUGUCAGUUUUAUUCAUAAUAACCCUAACUACUGUAUCAACACCAGUUUCUACAAUAUAUACUUUACCUCCAUGAUUUUUAUCCUUAAAGGGAUACUAAACCCAAUUUUUUUGUUUAAUGAUUCAGAUAGAGCUGCAAUUUUAAGCAACUUUCUAAUUUACUCCUCUUAUCAAUUUUUCUUCGACCUCUUGCUACCUUUUUUUAAAAAAAAAUUUUAAAGCGUUCUCUUGCAAUAUUUAUUUGAAAAGGGAGGAAUCUAAGCUUAGGAGCCGGCCCAUUUGUGGUUCAGCACCCUGGAUAGCGCUUGUGAUUGGUGGGUACAUUUAGCCACCAAUCAGCAGGCGCAACCUAGGUGCUGAACUAAAAAUAUUACUGUUUUUUCAAUACCAAGAGAAUGAAGAAAAAUUGAUAAUAAGAGUAAAUUAGAAAGUUGCUUAAAAUUGCAUUCUCUAUCUGAAUCACAAAAGAAAAAAAUUUGGGUUCAGUAUCCCUUUAAAUCUGCAAUAAGGGACCAAUACAGCUGACUACUCGUUUGCGUUUUUUUUUUUUUUUUUCUCCACCAACUGGAGAUUCAAAGGAGUUUUACAAGACUGUACAAUAAACUGACUCAUUUCUGUACAGAAUCUGCAGCCUUCUCUGUAAAUAGUUUAAUCUUAUUUCCUGCUAUGCACGCACAUCGUGUAGGUGAGAGAGAAACCUUUAUAUAUAUAUAUAUAUAUAUUAUGUAUAUUUAUUUUUUAUGAUUUUUUGUUUUUGGAAACGAAGGGGAAAAUGUCUGAAAAUACAGGAAAUUCCAAAUGAUGGAUUCAUUAAUUUAAUGUAUUCAGCUUGUUACAGGUCCACUGUAAAUAACACAGCAAUUGCUAUUUAAUAAUUAUUAUUUUGUUAAAUAAAAUUCUGUGAUAUUUAAUAUUG